UGCGCUGCCACGGGGGCUCAUCCGCAAAGCAGCCACCCGUUAGACGGCGCACGAAAGAGGAAAAGGGAAGGGGGCAAGCAGGAGGAACGCAACAGAAAACCAGUCCAGAACCAGAAAUCCACCAACCGGAGAAGAGAAUCUCUCACCUCCCUCCGCGCUCCAGCGCCCGCGUGCCCGUCGUCGUCCCCUCCCCCGCUCCCGCGGAUUCGAAUCCGCUCGUCGCGGGCCGGCCGGAUCCCGCUCGCUCCAUGGCGGAGGGCUUCGGGCGCUGGGAGUCGGAUCCGCUCUUCCCCGCGGCCGAGUGCGUGCAGGACUCCGCCGACAGGAUGGACGGUGUCUACCGCUUGCUUUUGCAUGAAAAGAAAGUUAUACAAGAUGACACUUCAGACGCAAAACUUCAUGCACCGAUACAGUAUGAGAGAGAUGUGGCUACUGCUCUCGGAACUACCAAGUGGCAGUUGGAGCAAUUUGAGAGGGAGGUGAAUGCAGCUGCAUUCUCUGAUAAGUCAACUUCAAGGGAAAAUGCAAUCUUAAAAUUCAGGCAAUUCAUUAGAGCUAUAGCUGAGCAAAUUUCUGAGGUGGAAGAAAGCUUGAAGACUCUUAGGACAGAUUUCAGUAGAACUCCGAAAUCUCCAUACUCCUCAAGUGAACAGGAUGGAGAUGGGCUGGCAUCUUUUCUUUCUGGUGGCAACAAUCAUAGUGAUGCAUACUACUCCACUGAUACAAAUGAAAUUACUGAACUUAAGCUCGACAGUGCACCUAUGAUGAAUGGUUAUCAUUCUGCCCAAGAACAUACAACACGUGAACUCAGAUAUUCAGGAAAUGAUGUCGAAGGAGCAUCCAGAUUGCAAUGUUCACGUGGAGAAAGUGCAUCUGAAGUAGAUCAUAACGGUAGCACUUUGUGUAGUUUGGAUGCUGAUGAUUCGCUAGGUACGAGCCAUCAUUACAAGAACAAACUGAGCAGUCAGUACCGCAGUUUUAUGAGAAACUUAUGGUUUACGAAUAGAGACCAUGAGAGCUUUACAAAGAGGAGAAAAGAUGGAGAAUUUGUUGAUAGCUUGAGAAAUGGAAAUAUAUUGCCUCCCUUCAACCUACGUACAUCAGGAAGGACUAUGUAUUGCUGGCCUGAACUUAUCAAGAGAACAUUAAGUAGAUCUGAAUAUUCUACACGCUACAAUCACCCCCAACUUUUUGUAGCAACAUCACUACUAGUUGCACUUGCUGUCCUUGGCUUGCUGGUUUUGCAUGUCAAGUGAGGUGAAUGCUGCGACAUGUAUCUAAUUUUGGUCCCUGUGCAUGUAACAAUCACCGUUAUGUACGUAUGUAUCAGCCGCUGCGUUGCAUCGCACCAAUCAGUCUGUCUGAUGGAUGGUUCCCUAUGAAGAAGGAUCCAUAGGCUUCUGAUCGCGGCAUGACACAGACAGAGGUUUGCCCACGUUUUUGCGCAGUUGAUAACUGUGGUUGGCUCCUCGGUGGCAUGACCCGGCACCAGAGGAUGCUGUGAUACUCCCGCUAAUUGUCAUUUUCUGGCUCCAAAACCACUGUACCAUGCUGAUGCCAUUGUGCUAAUCAACGAUUGCCAGAUCGGUGAGAUGAACAGUUACUGCAGAUUUUGAUUGAUUGUGGCAACCUCAAUGUUAAUAUAUUUCUCGCGAAAUGAAAACUCCACUCGAACGGAGCUGAUUCAUUGCUAUAUUCUGAGUUGUAAACUGCCUGCCUCUACCUGGUGAUUAAAUAACAUAAAUCUGCUUUGCUCA